GUGCAACUAUCGCUCAGCGUCGCGAAACCGUGCUCCUUCAGUUGCUCGCGCGCGUCUGCGUAUAUACAUUGCGUACGUUUCUUUGUGCACUUGUCCUCCGACUUCACGCGCGCGUUAAAAACGCCUCCGACGGGACGCCAGUGCCGUGCGAUAGUUCGUCGCGAGUAGUAACGGUUUCUCGCGUUCGUCACGAUGACCACGACCGGCAACAGACUACAAAAUAAUUCCCACAACCUCGAUUACAAUCGGAUGCCCGAAGCGAAGACGAAGUGGAAAGCCAUUCAGCAUUAUAUUCACGACCCCGCCGAGGGGACCUACUGCGGUCACACCGGGAAAAAAUGGGCUAUCACUGGAGCCUUUUAUACCUGCUUUUUAACCGUUUUGGCCCUCCUCUUCGCCAUUUGCAUGAAGGGGCUGUUGGCCACGAUAAAUCCUGAAAAACCAAGAUGGACGCUGGAUGAGAGCUUGAUAGGGACCAAUCCAGGUCUAGGAUUUCGACCGAACUCCGAUAACACCGCAGAAAAAGCGUUAAUUUGGUACAGUUCGUCGGAUCCAGCGUCGGUGCAAAAGUGGACCAAACUGUUGGAUAAGUUUUUACAAGACUACACCAAUUCGACUCUUUUACCAAACGGCGGUAGAAAUCAACAGAUUUGCAAUUACAAUACGCCAGUGAAGCCCGGACAUGUUUGUGCGGUUGAUGUGAACAACUGGGGACCUUGCUCGCCUAAAGAACAAUAUGGUUUCAAUAAUUCAGCGCCUUGUAUCUUUAUUAAAUUAAAUAGAAUAUACGAUUGGGAACCGGAAUUCUACAAUGACACCAAAAAUCUGCCGAAAGAAAUGCCAAACAAUCUCGUUCAACAUAUCAAAUCCACCAACAGUUCAUGGCUGAAUACCGUGUGGGUAUCCUGCGUAGGUGAAAAUCCUCACGAUACCGAAAAUAUCGGUGAGCUGAACUAUUACCCCAAGAGUCAGGGGUUUCCAGGUUAUUACUAUCCCUACAAAAACAUUCCUGGUUACUUAAGCCCCGUCGUUGCUGUGCAUUUUCUUCGACCAGCAAGGAAUAUAGUAAUCAACGUCAAGUGUCUAGCGUGGGCGAGGAACAUAUUGCAUAUAGACGUGAGAGGCGAAAAAACUGGAACUGUGCAUUUCGAACUUAUGAUCGACGAAUGACCGUGUUCAUCUCUGCAAGGGAAACAUCAACGCAAAAUUAUCUGCGGAAUAAUGCGGAUAUCUGCCAUGGGGGAUGCUCACACAUUGUAAAACCGAGAAAAUCGCUUAAAAUUCCAGGCUACGAUGACCAAGAAAAGGGAACAGAUAAACUCGAAUGUUGAACCUUAGUCGACGACCGGGGAACAUUUAUCUACGCUAGCCUAGGGGAAAUUAAGAUACAAGUAACGAUUAGUAUUAGGAAAAAUACGAUAGAUGUGUAAGUAUCGAAAGUUUCUAACGAUCGGACCCCAGAAUUCGUACAUUCGCUUCGAUCCAGCGACGAAUUAUUUAUAUUCCUGUCAAAUAAAAUAAUCGUUAAUUAUCGGCCAUAUCAGGAUCUAACAAUCAAACGGAUAAAAUGUUACGAAAUAAUUUCACCGAUGCAGAAAAGAAAGGAAUAUACAUGAACUGUACUUAUUACAUAAAUCAACAUUGGCAGUUUUCAAAAAAUUGUUUUCAUCGAGACGUUAACGAUACACGGAUAAUUAACAAUUGACCGUGUAUUUGAAAUACAUAAAUUUUACAACGAACGAAAUUAUGCUCUACAUUUUAUAAUAUGGAUGAAGAUACGCGAAGAAAAAUUGUAAAAGAAGAGAAAACACAUUUGUAGCAGCGUCGAUUCCUUUCAUCGUUUUCUCAUGAUCUACUGCGAUAUACCGAAACAUGUUAAAAAACAUAUUACCUCGUUGCCGUUCUACGGUCGUUUAUUUAUACUGUAUCGUCCAUGUGAAUUUCGUAUAUACUGUAACUAAAUAACUCUUAAGUGUUUUACUCGGGCCGAGUAAAGGGGAAAUGAAAUUGUUUUUAGCAUAUUUAAUUUGAUUUCACCAUCAGUUACAGUUUAUACAUAAAUAUUGCCAUUAGUCGACGAAACGGCAGUGUAUCGAAUAGUUAAACAUUUGAGAACAAAGGUUUUAAGAAUUUUUUCAAAAUCUCAUCUAUGAAUAAUUGCUAUCCUUUCUGAUUAUAUGUAUACGUUAUAUGCAUACAUACAUACAUAAGAUGGCAGCUAGCUACUUAAAACCGCUGCAUAGUUUAAGAAACAAACGUGACUUACAUUUUAUUAAUUAUAAUUUUUCACAUGUUAAACUUAUGAGUUAUACAUGGUGAAUCUUGUGUAAUAUAAUAGCAACCUAAUUUCAAUUUCAAUUCAUACAUUGCUAAUAUUUCUAAUAUUUUGUUAUACCUAGUCAUUGUAAUGGCUGGCAACUACUAAAGGCUAAGUCCAAUUAAUACAAAUUAAAUUAGAGAGGUAUUAGUAGUAUGUUGCUCUGCUUUUUUAAUGAUAUCCUUGCUCAAAAGAGUGCUGCAUUAAGUCGAUUAAACGACUUCUUUAUUAUUAUUCUACAUUUCUUAAAUAAUACAUAAAAAGUCCUUACCUCCAUCUCAUUCACUUGAAAAUUGAUUAAUCCUACGAUUGGUGUGUCGAAAAUAAUUGUUUGUAGAAUCCACAGUCCUCUGGUUGUUCGUUACCUGUAAAUAUAAACAAAAUUUUAUGUAAUAUAUGCAUAAUAAGGCAAAAAUAUUGCAGUUUCACUACUUACCAAACGUUUAAGAAUCCUCCUGGAACUUACCAAUCGACUACACAUUUUGAAAUAAUUUUUCGAUAACACAUCGUUAAAUCUAAGUUUUCCCAAAAUAACCUAAUUUAACGCAAACUAAUUUUAUCGCUAAUUUUUACUCUCGUAUCAUCAUAAACGUUAGUUACGUUUGUUUUGUAAGGUAUAAAGCGGUAUUAAGUGACUGGAACAGAAUUAGACAAAUUUUAUUCACGAAUAACAAAUAAAAAUGUUAGAUUUAGUCGUAAGCUAACUUCUGCCCAUAAAUUCAUUCUUCUAAAUGCCGUUGUGAAUGAAUUCUAAUUUACGAACGAAAUGUAAACAGAAAUUAGUUUUCGAGACAAAUCUAAACAUAUGUUUAUUCGUUAUUUGUGAAUAAAAUUUGCCCAACUCCGUGUUUGGCUGCUAUUGUGUCAUCUAAGCAAUACAUUUUAGCGUAGUAAAAUCGAAAUAGCCCGAUUUGCGAUACGAAACCAUUGUGAAAAAAAGGGACACCAGGAUCUCAGUGUUGCAACGUUAAACACAGAUGCCAAUAAUUUUAAGAAGUAUACUUAGGUGUAGGUACUUAUUAAAUGUAUGUACUUAUAUCGUUUAUAGCGUUUCCCGUAGAAGGUUGUUGUACUUUAUGCCGCUAACGAUAACGAUGUAUUCUGUUUAAUAAAUAUACACACAACUCUCAGAAAUAAACAACUUCUAGACAAUGAUUGUACACAUCAUUAUUGUAAAUUUGCUCUCUUAUAAGAAACAUGCUUUCAAAUAAUAUAACAAGCAAUAAUGA